AUGAGAAGAGGUAAUGGGUCAGCCAUUCAGGGUGCAUUGCAGACAAAGCUACCCAAGGUGAAACGAAAGCAAGAAAAGCUAAAGCUAGUUGCUGCUGUUGCUGCUGAACGCUUCGCUUCCCCUCUCAACCCCUUGAUAGCAUGGUGGUACACUACCCUGAGACCGUGGUGCAUGCCAGCAUGA